AUGACAUUCAUUAAAGGAGCAGUUUACGACCCAGAAAGAGCAAGAGACAGUGUUCUUCAAACCAAAGAGCACUUGGAAAACAUUGAGGGUGCUCUCAAGGAAUCGGAUGCACUCAACAAGGAAAAGGCCAAGGAUCUCUUUGAACAAUAUCAAAAGUUACCAAUUACCUUUCAAAUUAAUUGGUCUUUAGCAAAUGAAGACCCCUCUGAAAAUCAAAAAAAGGCUGAUUUUUGUAGAGACAAGUUAAAUGAAUUAAACCAUGAGUUUAGAUUCACUCAAUCAAAAAUUCCACGUGCUUUUAAUGCUGAUAAUUAUUAA